AUGGAGGAGUCGGCACCAGAGGAAGGCCAACUUCCAAGCUCUCACCAGGGCUCUCUGAGGAGGGCUGUGGCUGCUGCCCUGGCCUUCGAUGGGGAGUCCACCAUAGGUCGCAGGAAAAAGAAAAGGAAAGGGUCUCGACCAGAAUCUAUCAUUAUCUACCGGUCAGAUAAUGAGAAAACAGAUGAGGAGCCAGAGGAAGCAGAAGGUGGAGAUCGGCCUAAAGAAGAGGAAGGAGAUGAUUUCCUAGACUGUCCUAUGGAUGAAGGUAUAUGGAACAUGCCUUUGGACAGCCGUUAUGUCACACUAACAGGAACCAUUACUCGAGGGAAGAAGAAGGGUCAGAUGGUGGACAUCCAUGUCACAUUGACAGAGAAGGAAAUUCAGGAAUUGACCAAGCCCAAGGAGCUGUUAAGGGAAACAGCACCCGAAGGAAGAAAGUCGUGCCAGGUGGGAGCAGACCAAGGGCCCCACGUGGUCCUCUGGACGAUAGUCUGCCUGCCUGUGGUCUUCAUCCUCUCUUUUGUUGUCUCUUUCUACUACGGCACCAUCACCUGGUACAACAUCUUCCUUGUGUACAAUGAGGAAAGAACUUUCUGGCAUAAGAUCUCUUAUUGCCCCUGCCUCAUCCUUUUCUACCCAGUGCUCAUCAUGGCCAUGGCCUCAUCCCUGGGUAUCUAUGCCGCUGUGAUCCAGCUCUCCUGGUCCUGGGGGGCAUGGUGGCAAACUGCUAGAGACAUGGAAAAAGGCUUCUGUGGUUGGCUGUGCAGCAAGCUCGGUCUAGAGGAUUGUUCUCCUUACAGCAUUGUGGAGUUGCUUGAAUCAGAUACUAUCUCAGCCAGUCUCUCCAACAAAGACCCCACCCAGGAAGUAGAAACCUCCACUGUCUAA